GACUUUAAUGCCUCGUAACUCCAAACCAUAUCUCGAGCUGAUCAAAACUUUUGGUGAUAAGAACAAACAUCAUUAUUAAUUUACAACCACACUACCUUUCCACCACUUUGACACGAUAAAAGGGAGAUAAACAUCUUAUUUUUCUAAGAAUCAAAAUCCAUCCGCUACUGCCUAUUACGUAUAAAAAAUCCUCUGUUAAUAUUUCUUACCCAAACCCUCCACUACCUCCUAAAUUCAAAUCUUUUUUGUGAAAUGGAAUGCGAGGAAAUGGGGCAAAGUAUCAACAUAAAGCUUAUAGCACACGGUGAGUCAAAGAAACAACACCAAAGCAGACACGCAUCACCGAAGCUGGCUAUCAACACCACAGAUAUCAAGAAAAUGAAGAAGACAAUUUGCGUACGGUCAAAGAAGAAUUGGAAAAAUGUUAUUUGGGGACUGAAGAAACAGGACAGUGAAGAAGUGAAGCCAAUUACUUUCACAGAGGAAGAAAUCGAUGUUUUCACAAUGAUUCGAACUAUGGACUUGCAGGAAUUUAGUGGAUGCUACCCAAAUUUUGCUGUUGAAGGAACCCUCUAUCAUCUAUUUCAUGUUUUAUAAUUUAGUUUGAUUCCUGGGUCUGUAAAUGUAAUAAAUAGAUUUAGGGUAGAUGUAGGGCAACACAUGGUCAUCCGAGAGAUAACAGGGAGAGAUAACAGGACCGGGAGGCGGGAAGGGGAGCAGGUGACUCUCAAAUUACUAUUUAACAACUUCAUUUGGGUUCAGUGCAACAUUUUCUUGGACUCAUGAUCAAUUUUUAAAGAUAGUGGUGCUGUUUCUACUAAUUAUUGUGACAGCUUGUGCAUCUUCUCCAAUGGUGUUCCACUGGCCAUCUUCUCAACGUUGCAUUGGCGAGCAUCUACACUGACGCUUAAGGAAAUACCUAUGUCCAUCCUCUCCACGUUGAACUAGCACCUCCAAUAGCAAUGAGUGUCUGUAUCAAUGGCCGAUGAGCUUCAUCAAUUUGGCGGAAAACAAUGUUGAUCUAGCGACGAGCUUUGUUGGUCUAGCGCAAGCUUCACUUUCCAAGUGCGAGUUUUGUGGAUCCAGUGAGGACCUUCAUCAUCUGAUGACUCAUAGCUUGAAUUUGACAGCAGAUGGCAAUGUCUUCUUGGACUAAGAGAAUUAAUGCAGAUUUUUUAGAAAACUGACAUCGAAUUAUGUACAUCAUCGUUGAACUGGAUUUUUUGUCUGUAGGGGCACCUUUUGUUUCCUGUAAUGAAUUAAUUUGGAUUUUCUACCGGAUGGUAGGGGCGGGGGCAAGGAUAACACUGAUGGAUAGGGGUUGGGGUAGUGGUUUGGGAGGAGCAUUUGGUCACCGGCUAGGGUGACAGGUCAUUGACUGAGUGGUGGCGGCUACUGAUAGGGUGGCCGGUGGACACGAACAGAUGGUCAUUGACGGGGUGGAAGAUGGUCAUUGUGACCAGGUACCAGUGACAACGGUCACUGAUGCGGUGAUUAGCAUCGAGUUAAGUCACUGAGGUAGUUAAAAUCAUCAAGGGGGUCUGGGGGGCUUGGGGGAGCCUGGAGUAAUCAUGGCUGAAACUCGAGACCUCUCACUAGGCACGGACUUAUCCUCGAGAAAGCUGAUUGGUGGUGGUAAGUUCCGUGAUGGUCUUUAUUAUCUGGAGUGCUCGAGGAGUGAGGGGGUGGCAAUGUCAGUUUCCAUUACCUCUGAUUUAUGGCAUCAACGUUUGGGUCACGCUUCCGACGGAAAGAUACAUCACAUUAGUUCACUCAAAGGAUUUCAACGAACUAAUGAUUUUUGUGAUCCUUGUGUCCGAGCUAAGCAAACUAGAUUACCCUUCCCUACAAGUGCCAUUAAGACAACUCGUUGCUUUGAAUUGAUACACUGCGAUAUUUGGGGACCUUAUCGGUGCGAUUCAAUCUCCGGUGCACGGUACUUCUUAUCUAUUGUUGAUGAUUUCACUCGAGGUGUGUGGGUUUAUUUAAUGAAGAAUAAAUCUGAAGUAUCUCAGUUGUUAAUUCAAUUUUGCAACAUGAUUUAUACUCAAUUUGAGCAAAAGGUCAAACGGAUAAGAGCUGAUAAUGGUGUAGAAUUUCAAACCAACAAUUUAAUUGAUUAUUAUGGACGCACUGGGAUAUUAUUAGAAACAUCGUGUACAGACACACCACAACAAAAUGGAGUUGUAGAACGUAAGCAUAGACAUAUAUUGGAAAUUGCGAGGGCUUUGCGUUUUCAAUCUGGAUUACCUAUUGAUUUUUGGGGCGAAUGCAUUUUGACUGCUGUUUAUAUCAUAAAUAGGCUUCCCUCACCCGUUAUUUUCAACAAAAGUCCUUUUGAAAUGUUGCUUGGGAAAGUGCCGAAUUAUGACCAUUUACGGGUGUUUGGGUGUUUAGUAUAUGCACACGAUAAUAAAAGAAAAGAUAAAUUCAGUGAAAGGGGGAGUCCUUGUAUAUUUAUUGGGUACCCAUAUGGACAAAAGGCUUAUCGAGUUUUUGAUUUACAAAAACAAUCCGUAUAUAGUUCUCGAGAUGUAACAUUUUUUGAAGACAAUUUUCCAUUCAAAAAUGUUGAAAAUAAGGAAAUGGAUUUUGGUAUUCUGAUUGAUCGAGUAUACCAGCAAUUGUUAAAUCAAAACUCUACAGCAAAUUGUCCACCUUUCUGUGAUUCAUUUCACCGAUCGGACUCCAACACUGAAGCUCAGCCGUUCGUUCAAAGAGAGGGGCCAACAGUUGUUCGAAAGGAGAGUUGGUCCACAGGAACACAUGUCAGUGAGCAUUUUUUGGACGCACACAGCAGCUCCGCACAGCUCCUAGAACAAGAAAAGACAACAGGGCCCACAACAACGAAUGGAGAUAAAAAUAAUUGCAUCCCUGGUGCGGUGAGCGUGGAUACCAAUGGCCGACAACAGUUCCUAGAUGAGAGGGUGAUAAGUGGAUCUCCAACGAGUAUAGCAAAUCUCCCUAAUAAUAGCAUUAAUGUUUUGGGUGGGAACUCACAAGUGGAGCAUCACCAACAAGCAGGUACAAGGGGUCCUACACAGGAAGGCAUGGAAGGCAGAACUUAUUUGGAUGGAAGCAUACAUCCAACCUGUGAGCCAGAGGGGUCUAGUCACGUACAAUCUCCAGUCAAUGCUCCUAAUAAUAUCAUUGUGCCUCAAAAUGAACCAAAAAGAGGUGAAAGAAUUAGAAGAUGUCCGAAGCACCUACAAGAUUAUGAGACUGAUUUGCCCCCCUCGCUAGACCGUUCGCGAACCACUAAUCAAUCAGCUCACUCGAUGGUAUAUCCUAUUUCUAAUUUUAUUAAUUAUGAUAAAUUUACACCUACUCACAAAGCAUAUUUAGCAGCCAUCACUUCACGUGAUGAGCCAAAAAAUUUCAAACAGGCUGUACAAGAUCCUUUAUGGAGAGCGGCCAUGCAAAAAGAAAUUACUGCUUUGGAAGAAAAUAACACUUGGACCCUAGUCCAGUUACCACCGGGAAAAAGAGUUGUGGACUCUAAAUGGGUGUAUAAAAUUAAAUAUAAACCUAAUGGCGAUAUAGAGCGCUACAAAGCUAGAUUGGUUGCUAGAGGAUUUACUCAGGUUGAGGGAAUUGACUUUCA